GAGAGUCCCACCAGCGGUCCCUGAGCCUGCGGUUGCGCCCAAACCGCUGCCGCCACUGCCACCGCUCACCAUGGGCUCGGGUCCCCGGCUGCUGCUACCUCUCGUGCUUUGCGUGGGGCUCAGCGCUCUCGCACCUUCUGCGGGAGCCUCGGGCAUCCGCAAGCGAGGCCCCUCGGUGACAGCCAAGGCACAGCAGGCCAGCCCCCUGCCAGGGGACUUCUUCUAUCCCUUGUCAACUGCAACAGCCAGGCCCGGAGGGGGGCCUCCCUUUGUUCGUUGUAGGCGCCGAAAGAGAGGCUGCAACAGUGGCACCUUCCCCUGCAUACUUCUGGCUCUCAGCUGCAGGCACACCAGGCCAGCCCUGCCAGGGGGCUUUUCCUGCCCCUUGUUGACUGCGACCAGGCCCAGAGGGGGCCUCCCUUUGUCUCAGGCACUGAAAGAAAGGCUGCAACAGAGGCUCCUCCCCCCUGCUUGUGUGUCAGCAGUAGUGUCACGCUGCCAUGUGGUCUUCUUUGAUGUGAGGAUUGGAGAUAAAGAUGUUGGCAGAAUUGUGAUUGGCCUCUUUGGAAAAGUUGUGCCCAAGACUGUGGAAAAUUUUAUCGCUCUGGCAACAGGAGAGAAAGGAUAUGGAUACAAGGGAAGCAGAUUUCAUCGCGUCAUCAAAGAUUUCAUGAUUCAAGGAGGAGACUUCACCAAUGGAGAUGGCACUGGCGGUAUAAGCAUUUAUGGUGAGACAUUUCCAGAUGAGAACUUCAAACUGAAACAUUAUGGCAUUGGGUGGGUCAGCAUGGCCAAUGCCGGGCCUGACACCAAUGGCUCUCAAUUCUUCAUUACUUUGACCAAGCCCACCUGGUUGGAUGGCAAACACGUGGUAUUUGGAAAAGUCAUCGAUGGAAUGACAGUGGUCCACUCCAUAGAACUGCAGGCAACCGAUGGGCAUGACCGUCCGCUCACCAACUGCUCCAUCAUCAACAGUGGCAAGAUAGAUGUGAAAACACCCUUUGUGGUAGAGGUCGCCGACUGGUGAUACAACUGGCAGCAAACAGAGAAGAACACCCUCUGGCAGGGGUGUGUGCGUGUGCGUGCAUGUUGAUCCUUCAAAGUUACUGUUUUGCUUUGUUUUUUAACUUUAUUCUGUUUUACACCCCAGAUCACAGGACCAUCAUAAAAAUCAACCACCCAAAGUUUAGUUAGCAGGAAGUUUGGUAAAUCACUUGUUUAGGGACGUCGCACUUAGAAGACAUAUCCCUUUCCUCCAAUGGUGCUAUUUUUAAACUAGGAAACUUUGUAUUGGCUAUUUUAUUUUGAAGAACACAAUCAUUACUUUGCUGGAUUAAUUGUGACCCCCAAAUUGAGUGAUGCUGAAGAUCUGUCUGAAAAAAGAUGGGGACAAGAAGUUUACUGCUUUGUAUUCAAACAGAAAUUCUUUUCAGGGAAAGGGAGAUUUGAUGAGUAUUAUCUGAUAUACGUCACAGGGACUUUUACCUGAGGAAAGGUGCUUUGGUAGUCUCUAUAUUAAAUAUUUUUUAUGUAGAUCAAUUAUUUUUGCAAGACUUUUUUUAACCAAAAGUGCUUUAAAAAAGUACAAAAUAUAUGCACGCUAAUGUUAAUAGUGAACAGAUUAGCGAGGGUUCUGUAGGUCAAAAUA